AUGGGUGGUGGUGGAGACCGCACCGGGGGUGGCGGGGGUGGGGACCUAACUGGGGGUGGCGGCGGGGGUGGAGACUUAACUGGGGGAGGCGGUGGUGGAGGAGAAGGCGGGGGUGGAGACGUCACUGGAGGAGGAGGCGGUCGGGGAGGCGGUGGGGGAGGCGGUGGUGGAGGAGGAGACGGUGGGGGUGGAGACGUCACUGGGGGAGGAGGCGGUCGAAGAGAUGGUGGGGGUGGAGACGUAACUGGGGGAGGCGGUGGUGGAGGAGAAGGCGGGGGUGGAGACGUCACUGGGGGAGGAGGCGGUGGGGGAGACGGCGGGGGUGGAGAUGGCAUAGGCGGUGGAGGAGACGGUGGGGGUGGAGCCUGCACUGGUGGAGGAGGCGGACAGGUACAGACAGCUCGGGGUGGUGGAGGAGGUGGUGAUCUCCUGGGGAAAGGAAAGGGUUUAAGGAUGAAUCCUUCCGUAUUGGCUGCAGCAGUUUGGGAUGGCUGGAUGAGGAAGAACGUUGCCACCACAAGCACAGUGGCCAUUAUACUGGCCAUGGAAGACCCCAUCUUUUUGCUUCCUUAA